AUAAAAUUCAAGCGCAAAAAAAACCUGAUUUGUCUUUAAAUAAAACAUACAUCAUUACAGUUCAUCGAAUAUAGAAUAUGUUUUAGGAGUUACCCAGUUCUUAAGAUCAUGCCAAAAAUCCAACACACGAUGUUAUUUUUUUUGACUGGUAUUUACUCCAUAUCUGAAGUUUUCUGCUCUUGGGAGACGUGUUCAGAAAACGGAAUUGCAUAUACAUUUGAAGAACAGAAAGUUAAUUGGGAUAAAGCAGCUGGGCAAUGCGAAGAUGCCGGUGGAUCUUUAGCUAUUAUUCGGUCGAGAUUUGAUAAGAAUUGUGUCGUCAAAAACCUAAAUCAAAGUGUUGGUUCCUAUUAUAUUGGAGGUUCAAAAUCCUCUUCUUCUGGACUUUGGACAUGGAUGGAUGACACUCCAGUUCCUAAGCCGGGAUACUGGGAGAAAGACGAACCAAACAAUUCCGGAGGAAUUGAAGAUUGCUUAGAGUUUCGGUUGUAUGAUUUAUUUUUGGAACGACGUAUCCUGCAGUGAGAGGAGUGCUUACGUUUGUCAAAGUGGGUACCGUCAUUAGGAUUUUCUAGUAGUAAACAAAAGGUUCAUUUUCUUCUUUUCUGAGAAGUUAUAUAGGACAAUUUUGCAAAAUAAUUUAAUCCUCUUUUGAAGGAAUAAAAGAAAAACCCAUUCUUUUU